AUUGGAAGUUGGAAACUUGGAACUCAACAUGUCUACAUACCUAAUAAUGUAAUUUUAUUCUAUUUUUUUUAUUAGUUUUUAAUUAUUUAUACAUGUUUGAAUUAUGUUGGUUUUAUUAAGUGUUAUUCAAACAAUUGUUACUAAACAUACUAUGCAUUACGAUUAAUCUGAGGAUUUGUUGGUGUCUCACAAUUUAUUGUUGUGACUUCCUAGUUAAUUAUGCGUAUUAUGCGAGACAAUUGUUUCGUUGUGAUGGUCAUCUCCAGUGAAGGACACUCGAUGCAUUAAUAUUCUGAAUGUGUAGGAAAGCGUUUCUGGUUCACGCACUAAGAUCAAUUUGACAAAACACUUAAGCCUAUCAUAGGCUAUGCGAUUGUGUAAGUACAAUAAUAAUAUUGUAACAUAAUCAGAAUUCUUGCUAGUAUUUAAAUAAUAUGUGAUUUUUUCAAUUUUUUUCUGUAGUACGUAAAGCAAAAAGUGUUAUUUUAUGCACAUUGUGUGUUUUUAGUAAUUUUUCACAAUGUCCAGAAGGUAAUAUGAAUAGUUUUAAUAAUAUAUUUAAUGUAAUAUUAAUAAUGAUAAAUAAUAAUAAUAAUGAUAUUAAUUUUAUACAGAUGGUUCCACUCACAUUUAAAUGGAUUAGAUGCUCAGCGUAUUCUUCUAGAUGAGGGUGUUGAAGGGUCAUUUUUGGUUCGGAAAUCAUAUAGCAGAAAAGGACAAUUUGUCCUAUCUGUUAGGUAUUAUAAUAGCAUAUAAAUUAUUCAUUGGUUAUAGUUUACCACACCUCAAAAGAUAAUCAAAUUUUGACUAUCAAUUUUUGAUUUUGUACUACUUACCUAUUUUUGAACCUGUUAAUAUUCAUUAAGAUUGUAUACCCAAAACUUAGGAUGUUUUCAUACAACUUAGAUUGUUAAGAAGAAGCAAUACUGUCAAGUAAGUGUCGAAUAUCAGGCGUGUUAAAAAUAUUACAUCUUAGUUUUUAUAAUUUUUGGUUAGGGAAGUAGUAUGAUAUAAAGAGUAAAAUAGUAAGAAUAGUCACAUGCCUUGAAUAAAGAUACACAUUAAAAAGUGUAUAUAAUAACUGGGCGUAAAAAUUUAAAUUAGAAACUGUAGUGUUUUGAGAAUUGUAAAUUUAAAAAGGAUGAUACUGUUGCAAGUUCAAUUUAUAUUUCCUAGAAAUAUACAUAUGAUGGUCAAAUGAGGGUUACGUGAUUCUGAGAUAUGUGACUGGUUAUGAACGUUAGACGCCUAGAUAAAUCACCACUGAAUGUACAAUUUGUGCAUUUAAAGAUAUCUUCCUAGCUGAUGGAAUGCAUGACGAACCUGUACAUAAUAUAGUAACAACAUAUAAUGACUAUAUUUUUCAAAUUAAAUUAUUAAAUAAUUAUUACUAUUACUAUGUAAAUAUUAAUUGUAUAUUUUUAUACUAUUAUUGUUACAUCUAUUAAUUUAAAAAACUAUUAAUCUAAAUAUGGAAAAUUAUGUGUUGUUCAAAAUACCCUACAAAACAUGCAUAUACCAACAAUAAAUCUAUCUCACGGUAAUGAAACCAGAAGUACAUAGAAGAAAAAACCAUUGAACAGGGAAAUAUGGGCGGUAAAAUUUUUCUGGAGGGCUGAUUUAAAGGACUAACACUUUCUAGAAAAAGUUAAUCCACAGUAUUAAAAUAAUCUUACCAUAUUUGCUUGUAGUUUAAUUAUUUUAUUAUGAAUUUUUCAUAUUCUUAAGUCUAAUGACUAAGUUUCCAUCCCAUAGGAGGUUUACAUGAUUUUAGCUGAAUUUAUUACUAUAAACUCACUGAUUGAAACCAGUAACAGUAUAAGUGGUUUAACAGGAAAUAAUAUGCACUUAGUAAUUUAUAUAUCCCUAUAUCAGUAAAAUUCAACUAGGUAUCUAAAAUAAUAAUAUCUUUAUUACGGAAAAUAAAUUCGAAUUUACACAAAAUAUAAGUACAAUUAAAAAUUACAUAAAAGGGAUAAAUAAAAAAAAUAAAUAAAAGGAUAAAAUGUUUUGAAGAAUUCAAUUCGAAUAUACGGAAAAAAAGUUGUAAUAAAAAUAAAUUGAUAAUUAAUUGUAUCGUUUUAGAAUAGAUUAGUUAUAUGAAUGAAAAAUAAAAAAUUAUAUUGUUUAUUAAAUUAGCAGUUAACAUAAAAUAUAAAAUAGAGAUUACAUAUAUGGAUUACAACAUUAUAAAUAAGUCAGAUGAAUAAAUUCUAAGAAUACAAGUAUUAUAAUACGUUAAAGUACUUACAGUAAAACAAUACAAUUUAAAUCUUGAAAGGUGUUGGUGGUAAACUAAAUUUAUUCACAUUAUUUUAUUAUUUUAGUUUACCUAUAAUGUAUAUGAUCAUUAAUGUUUUAGGCAUGGUAAUAAAGUUAAUCAUAUAAAAAUUCAUAAUGAUGGUGAGCUUUUUGAUCUCAAUGGUGGUGAAAAAUUUGCUACUCUUACAGAUCUCGUUGAACAUUAUAUGACACAUCCACGUGUGCUUAAAGAACAAGGUGGUAUACCAUUACCUUUAUUAAUACCAAUUGGAUCACCUGAACCAACAAAUGAAAGAUGGUUUCAUGGUCAAAUGUCUAGAAAAGAAGCAGAAUAUCUAAUUUUAGAGAAAGGACGUCCUGGUAGUUAUUUAGUAAGAGAAUCACAAUCUGAUCCUGGAAAUUAUGUACUAACCGUUAAUGUUGAUGAUAAGGUUUCUGAAAUUUUAAUUAGAUGUAAUGUAAGUGUUUUUAAAUUUGCCAUAAGGAAUUAAAUUGAAAUUUUAUCAAUUAUUUUUUAUUUAGGGAGAAAAGUAUGAUAUUGGUGGGGGGGAAGAAUUCUUAUCUUUAAAUGAUUUAAUGAAGUUCUACAGUUUCAAUCCAAUGGUUGAUCAAACUGGAUCAGUUAUACAUUUAAUAAGUCCAGUAAAUGUAACUCGAAUAAGUAUUGCUGGAAUAGUUGAUCGUGUAUUUAAACUCAAAGUGAGAAAUAUUGUGAUUAUAUUAUUUUAAUAUACACAGGGUGAUUCAUUUAACGUAAAACACAAAAAAAAAAAUGUUUAAGAAUUUAAAAUACCAGUCGCUCUAAAGUGUUACAUGGUCAUUAUUUUUGGGGGUUAAGCUACUUUAAAUUUCCCAAACUUUCCUGAAAAAUUCCUUAAGUAGUUGAAUAAGUACCUAAAUAAUAAUAAAUAAAUUUAACUGUUGACAUUUUUGAUUUCUGUUAGCCCGUAUUUUAUUUUAUUUCAUAUAACGUAAAUAUUGGUAGAAAACAUAAACAUUAAAUAAAUUAAGGCUAAAAACAAAUUUCUUUGAUUGGAUAUUUCACUUUUCAGUUUGAGUAGGGAAUCGUAGUGGAAUAGUGAUUGAAUAGUUCUCUAUUAUUCUCACCUUCAGGGAGACAAAAUAUAAUGAUAAUGUAACAUUUGAUUUUGAAAAAAGUUAAUACUUGGUGAAAUAAUGAAUAUUUUAGGUCAAAUGAAUCACUUUUCAUAUUUAUUAAGGUGGUCCAAAAAAACUUACGAAAUUUUAAAUGUUUAAUCCCAAGAUUUUUUCAGUGAAAAAAAUAUUUUUGUGAAAAUUUGGACUCGAUAACUUCUUGUGCCGAAAAAUGGUGAAAUUAUGGACCAAGAUGAUUGAAAUUUUUGUACCUAAAUCAAAGUUAAUAGUUUUAAUUAAAUGUAAAUUAUGCUUAAUAAUCAUAACUUUUUUUUAAAAAACAAGAUAGAAGAGAUAUUUUCAUUGCAUUUAAAUAUUUUUUUAUUUUCUUUGUAUAAAAGGGCGAGAUAUUGUGUUAAAUCAUUUUUAAUUUCUUAAGAAAAUCUCAGCCUAUGUAGAUUUAGACCACCUUAGUAUACAUAAAACUAAAUAUUAUUUCAGUUACACAAAUAUUAUUUUGUUGUAAUAAAAAUAACUAUUAAAUAUUGAAUUUUUUUUAAAUAUCAAAUUCAUGUAUUAAUUAUCAUAAUUAUACUAAAGCAUCAAAAAUAUCAACAUUAUUCAAUCGGAACUGGAGGGUUUUGGGAAGAAUUUGACGUAUUACAACAAUGGGAAACAAAACGAGAUGGUACAAAAGAUAUUGGUUUUUUAGAUGAAAAUAAAUCCAAGAAUCGAUAUCGAAAUAUUUUACCAUGUAUGUUUUAUAUUUUGUUUAUAUUACAAGGAUGAUUUUCUUAACCUUUUAACUAAACUGCUUUAGAUGAUCAUUCAAGAAUUGUAUUAAGAAAUUGUGAUAAAAAUAUACCAGGUUCAGAUUAUAUAAAUGCCAAUAUAAUAAAAGUAAUUAUCUAUAUUUUUCUUAAAAUAAAAUUAAAAUAACAACAUUUUUAUUUUUCCAGCUUGAUCCAUUUGCUCUAGCUGAAAAUUAUGAAACCCGAAAUUACAUUGUCACGCAAGGUUGUUUACAUAAUACAAUAAAUGACUUCUGGAAAAUGAUAUGGCAAGAAGAUUCUCGUGUAAUUGUAAUGAUUACAAAAUUAUUUGAAAAAUCUAAAGUUUGUAUAUGUCUAUAAUAUUUAAAUUUUAAUUACUUUUUAAGAUACACAUUUUUUUAAAUAGGAAAAGUGUGUAAAAUAUUGGCCAGAUCUAGGCCAGACACGUGAGUACGGAAAAAUAACUGUUUUAAACCUUGGAGAGUACGCUCAUCAACAAGAUAUGAUUGAGAGAAUGUUUGAUAUUUCUAUUCCAAAUUUCAGACACAGAAGAAUAUUUCAGUACCAUUAUAAAGUAAAGAAAAAUUACUUAUAAUUAUUUACUUAUUUAUUUAUUACCAUUAUAUUUUAAGUAUUUUCACUACCCGUUAGUGUUUUAUAGAAGUUAAUCUUUUUUUAUACUUUGUUUUAAAUUUAAAAUGUGCUUGAAUUCAAAUAAAUUACAUUAAAACAGAAAAUUCUUCAAAAAUUAAAAAUAUUAAUGAAAUUCUUCAUUCUUUGUAUGGAAAAAAAAAAAGCAACAUAAUAAAAAUAAACAAAAUUACUGGUAGCCAUAUUUUUAUCAUAUAAAAUUGGUUAUUAGGGAUGGCCAGAUCAUGGAGUUCCAUCCGAUGCUGGCUCACUUCUUGAUCUACAAUUUGUAGUCAAUACAAGACAAUUCAACAUAGAAGCACACUCUGAUGUUUCUCAUCCGUUAACUGUACAUUGCAGUGCUGGAAUCGGAAGAACUGGAACAUUUGUUGUACUUGACCUUCUUAUUGGUUUAAUUAAUCGUAAAGGUAUACAAUAAAAUGUACAAUAUUAUUAUAACUAGUAAAAAAGAACAAUAUAAUAUGGAUAUUUUUCAAAUUAUUAUUCUAUAGGUCUCGAUUGUGAGUUGGAUAUUCAGCGUACUACACAUAUGGUAAGGUCAUUUCGUCCAGGUCUUGUACAAUCUGAAGCACAAUAUCAGUUCAUAUAUACAGCCAUUAAUCACUAUGUUCAAACUAUCUGCUCAAGAAUAUCAGCUGAAAAGGUUAAACCAGUUUAGAAUUUAUUCCAAGAUUAUUAAAUAUUUAUGAAUACUUUUUUUUUAAUUUAGACAAUUGAGAUGAUUGGUCGAGAGUACCUGAACAUAAAAUAUACUGACGAAUUAGCUACAAUUGUAGGUGAAGAAAAUGUGCCAACUUUAAAUCCUUGCACAGCUCACAGAGUUUUAAAAAAUGCUAUUACAUGCAACACCUAUCCUACAACUGAUUCUCCAUUGGUUUCUCCAACUUUAGACAAAUCAAAUGUUGUUGAACUCCUUGGUUAUGAUCCUGGUAAACCAAAUAUACCAACAACAACCAUGGUGGCUACUGCAGAUUCAUGUCCUAACUCACCUACUUCUAACGUGUUAGUAUGUUUAGAUUGAUAAAUAUGAUUCCACAUUAAUAUACAAUGUAUAAACACUUAUACUAGUUGCCAUUUAUAAUUGUUACUAUUUUGAAGACUAAGUUUCUUUUUCUAAACUACGCAUUGUUUCUAGCUAGAAUUUAGAAUCUUCUUCGCUUUCAUUAAAUCUAUUUGGGAGUGGUUACCCUUGUUCUAAGUUUCCAAUUCACCCCAUUUCCCAUAUCAUUCUAAAUAACAUCCAAUGACCUCUUUUUCGGUUAUCUUCUUCCCCUCUUUCUUCCCAUGUUUAUUUUAAUUACUAUUCUUACUGCUUCUGAUUGAUUUCACUCUCUUCAUGACAUGUCCAUACCAUCUCAGUCUAAUUUCUUUCAUUGUAUCCACUUUCAAAGCCACGCCUAUGCUACCUCUUAUUUAUCUUUUAUUGGUUCUAAGAUAUUGAUGUCUCAAUUCCAAUUUUUUUAUAUAAUCCUUUCCUGUAUCUUAAUACUAUUACUCAUUCAUUUUAUUCCUCUAUAAUUUUCUCAAUUUUGUAUAUUUUUAUGAUACUAUAAAACUUGUCUGGUAUUUUCCCUUCUAUUAGUACUUAAUUAAAUAAAUUGUUUAACCAUCUCAUAUUUAUUUUCCACGUAUCCAUUGGUACUCCAUCUUUUAAUCUAUUACUUUUUUCUUUGUCAUUACUCUCACAGUCUAUCACACUUCCUCCUUUCUUACUAAAUUGAUUAGACCUACGUUCUAAGCCAGAAUUUAGAAUAAUUUACUCAUAAUAGUAAUAUAAUUAUAUUAAAUUAUUUUGCUCGAGAAUAUUGAGAAUUAAGAAAUGAAUAUAUGUUCAAUAUUUGAAAGUAAAUUGUGUGCUAUUGUUUAAAAAUAUUUAGCUUUAUUAAAAAUGCUAUUAUAGUAUUAGAAAAGUAUAUUUUUGCAUUUAUAAUACAAUUAAUAACAAACAAGGAAAAUAUAAAAUAAAUGUAUAAAUUGUAAUUUUGUUUUCUCAAUAUUGUUCGUUCUAUUUCUUCUUUAUUGUAUCUCAUUUUAAAUAAUAAUUAAACUAAAAUUGUUAUUUUUAUCAUUAUUAAAAAUGAAAAUAGUUUACAUUACUACUAAAUAAUAUUAUUAUUUUAGUAAAUUAUUAAUACUAUUGAUAAUUUUUAGACGGGUUAUUUUAGAAAAUAUAAAAUACAUUGUCAAACUCUUAAUAUAAAAUUAAUGUUUCUGGCUAAAUAUAAAAUUUAUUUUAAUUUUCUGAAAUGCUGCACUGCAAGCUAUGUUCCUUGUAUUGUACAGGUAUGUGAUUUAAUUUUGCACCAUAUAAUAAUAGAUCUAUUAUUUUAUAUCUUGAAAAAAAUUUAAAAAAAUUUGAAUAACAAUAUCAAUAUUUUUGUUUUAGAUUUGAAUUACAUUCCUAUGAAAACAUAACGUCAUCUUUACCAUCUAGUGAAUGUGAUAUUGGGCCUCCACCCUUGGAAGCUCCUCCUCCACCCCCACAGUCACCUAUAAUGAUAUUAUAAUUUUUACUAAGCACACGUCUAAUUUUUUUAUAAACAAUUAUCUAAAAUUCAUAAUACAUUUUUCAUCAAUCAUUAUUGUAUCUCAUAUUUUUCUUAUUUAUUAAUACAUUCAUUUUUUUUUAAAUAACACAUUAUUUUAAAUGUUAAUUUAAUAUUUAUAUCUAAAUUAACAAAAUUUAGUGUACUAAACAUUCCUGGUUUUGGGCCAAUAUUGAUAAAUAACCACUAAAAUAUGGACUGUUAUUUUAAUAAUUAUGGUUUGACUACCAAAGUCAUUACCCUGUUCAGUUUGUUAUAUUUAAUGAA